AUGCUUACGCUACAGCGGAUCCAUAAUCGGAUCCCAACGACAGAGGCCUUGCCUCUUCGCCCCGCCAUUCCACCCAGGUCAAGAUUCGAGUCUCUGCCCUUCGAGCUUCGACUCCAGAUAUACAGCCUACUGCUCGACGGAAAGCCCCAGUACUGUCACUUUGAAAAGGCAGUGGGUGGCCGAAGCUAUUCCACUCCCAAGCUCUAUCCCGCCAUCCUCGCCGUCAAUCGCUCCAUCUCCGCCGAAGCCUAUCCCGUUCUGUACGGGGAGAACACCUUUCUCUUCCUCGCCAGAAAUGACUGGGUUGGUCGACUGCUUGGACUGGCACCCGCGAUCAAGACAAUCGAGUUUGACUUCUGGGUUGGCUUCGCAAGCAUUCCCACCCUCGAUGCAUCUAUUCCUGCAAUCAAAAGUCUCAUCGGUGCUUCGACGCAGACCUUCCGCAUUGGGACUCGAGAUUUCGAUGCCUACCACGGCUCCGGAUUUCGCUUUUCGCGCAGAAGGCGGGUAGAGCUGCCUGGCAUGAUAUUAGCCGUGGUCGACCUCAAGGGCCUCGACCAUGUGCAAGAGAAGAGCCGUCUGGUUCACAAAGCCUUGCGUUUCAUCAUCGAAAUUAUGGGACAACGGCCGCCGAUGCCGAACAAUACUAUUUUCCCUGGCCAAGCGCUGGUAUCGGUAGAGUAUAGAGUGUUUUUACACAAAGAUUUUGCCGGUUUUUGGUCGUCAGAUGAGUUCACAGUCGAAGCUGAGACUCAAGGGUAG